GUACCCGGAACUGUUUCCAAGGUUUCUUCAGGUUUGGGAGGUUGCUCGGCGGCGAGCUGUGGGAGCCAAGGCAACCGGGAAUCAUCCCGGGGUCACAAGAGCGCCCCCUUGGCCCUCAGCUUCGGGGGCACAGCUGCGGUAAUGGCUCCAGUGUCCAGUUCGCGCAGCCCUGAGCGGGAGGCCUCUGGCUCCGGAGGAAGACGCCGCAGUUCGUCGAAGAGCCCCAAACCCAGCAAAUCUUCCCGCUCCCCGCGGUGUCGCCGGUCUCGCUCGCGUUCUUGUUCUCGGUCUGGUGACAAGAAUGGCCUAAGUCAUCAGCUGGGUGGUCUCAGCCAAGGUUCCCGAAACCAGUCGUACCGCUCGCGCUCGCGUUCGCGCUCUCGAGAGCGGCCCUCUGCGCCACGGAACACCCCUUUUGCUUCUGCCUCCUCGUCCACGUAUUAUGGAAGCUACUCACGCCCCUACGGGAGCGACAAGCCGUGGCCUAGCCUUCUGGACAAGGAGAGGGAAGAGAGCCUGCGGCAGAAGAGAUUAAGUGAGAGAGAGAGGAUUGGAGAAUUAGGAGCUCCUGAAGUAUGGGGACUUUCUCCAAAGAAUCCUGAACCUGACUCUGAUGAACAUACACCAGUAGAGGAUGAAGAGCCAAAGAAAAGCACUACUUCAGCAUCUAGUUCAGAAGAUGAAAAGAAGAAAAAGAAGAAGUCUAGUCAUUCAAAAGAAAAGUCUAAGAAAAAGAGAAAGAAAAAAUCAUCUAAAAGAAAACACAAGAAAUAUUCUGAAGAUAGUGACAGUGACUCUGAUUCUGAAACAGACUCCAGUGAUGAAGUUACAAAGAGGAGAGCAAAGAAAACUAAGAAAAAGGAAAAGAAGAAGAAACACAGAUCGAAGAAAUAUAAGAAAAAGAAGUCUAAGAAGAACAGAAAAGAGUCUAGUGAUUCAAGUUCUAAGGAUUCUCAAGAAGAAUUUCUAGAGAAUCCCUGGAAGGAUCGAUCAAAGGCUGAAGAACCCUCUGAUUUAAUUGGCCCAGAGGCUCCAAAAACACUUGCUUCUCAAGAUGACAAACCUUUGAACUAUGGCCAUGCUCUCUUACCUGGUGAAGGUGCAGCUAUGGCCGAAUAUGUAAAAGCUGGAAAACGUAUCCCACGAAGAGGUGAAAUUGGCUUGACAAGUGAAGAAAUUGCAUCAUUUGAAUGCUCAGGUUAUGUAAUGAGUGGUAGCAGGCAUCGCCGAAUGGAGGCUGUGCGACUGCGGAAAGAGAACCAGAUCUAUAGUGCUGAUGAGAAGAGAGCCCUUGCAUCCUUUAACCAAGAAGAAAGACGAAAGAGAGAGAACAAGAUUCUGGCCAGUUUUCGAGAGAUGGUAUACAGAAAGACCAAAGGAAAGGAUGACAAAUGAGGAUUUUCCGACUGCUCAGCAGAUAUUUUUAAUAACAAAAAAGAAAGCCUGGGUUCCAUACAUAUACACAAAAAGAUUAUUAUGCUCUGAAAAAGCUUUACAGUGCUACUGUGCCUUCUAUUUAACUCUUUCAAUCCCUCAAUAAAAAGCUGCUUAUUGAUAUAUCUUUA